CAUGUGAUCAUGCAGAGUCAUUUCUGAUUGGCCAAUAAAACUCAGUCUUGUCUCUCAAAAGUAGAAGGACGCACAGAGAUUCUCUCAAUUAACCACGGCAAUUCCAACAAAAUGACACCUCCAAUGUUUGUUUUAUAUGUGACAUGUCUGCUCUUGGGGAGAAUGGCUGAUAUGACAGCUCUUGACAUAUCAUCCUCACAUUUAAAAUCAGUUAAUGUUGGCGAAGACGUGACGCUGGAAUGUUUCUAUAAAGACACAGUAGCAGUCAGGUUUUAUUGGUAUAAACAGACUCUGGGACAGAAACCAAAUAUGAUGUCUAAAUUAUAUAAGCAUGAGAAAAAUGGCACGCUCAGUGAUGAAUUUAAGAAUGAUCCACGCUUUGUCCUGGAAACUGCCACUGGUAAAAAUAAUCUGAAGAUCUCAGGGGUGCAAAUCUCAGACUCAGCAACUUACCACUGCAUAAGUGGCUAUUCAUAUGUGUUUGAAUUUUUGGAGAGCGUUACUGUCAGUGUAAAGGGUUCAGGUUUGAACAAUCAAGCUUUGGUCCAUCAGUCAGAAUCUGAGACCAUCCAGCCAGGAGGCUCUGUGACUCUCAACUGUACAGUACACACUGAGACCUGUGAUGGAGAACACAGUGUUUACUGGUUCAAAAGCUCUGAAGACUCUCAACCAAGAAUCAUUUACACCCAUGGAGACAGGAAUGAUCAGUGUGAGAGGAAACCCAACACACAAACACACACCUGUGUCUACAACUUGCCAAUGAAGAACCUGAAGUCUUCUCAUGCUGGGACCUACUACUGUGCUGUUGCCUCAUGUGGACACAUACUGUUUGGAAAUGGAACCAAGCUGGACUUCAAAGAUGAGGCGGACUCUCUUGUCUUGUAUUUUCUGAGUGGAGCUCUGACAUUCACCACCAUCCUGGCUGUUUUCCUGGCUAACACAGCAUAUAGAAUGUACAAGACAAACAGCUGCCAAUGCACAGACUCUCAAGCAAGAUCUGCAGCUGCCUCAGCUCCAAAUACAGAAGGUCACCAAGAUGCAGACAACCUUCAUUAUGCUGCUUUAAGGGAGUACAAGGUCAGCAGAUCAAGAAGACAGAGGGAUGACACCAAGAGUGAAUGUGUGUACUCCAGUGUAAAGCAACAGAAGUGAACAUGUUUUGCUUCCGGACUUCACCUCCAUAUACUGAAUGUAAAGCUCUGACUUGCAAAAAAAUAAAAAUUAAAAAAACAUGUCAAACAAGCACAUUCAUUCAGCUACAGUUAAGCCAAAUUCUUUUGAUCUGACCUAUGUUGUCAGAGGUGCCAUAUUUCCACUCUCACUAUAUCUGUUAUUUACAGUGUACAAACACAUAACCACACGUAGCUGAU